AUGGCCUCGUUCGGCAAUUUCGACGCGCCCUUUAGGGUUCAGUCCCAGCUCUUUCAACCCCCUCGGACUCCAUCCUCGCCUUCCUUCUCAUAUCGCGAGUCUCCCGAGUAUAGCGGCACCCGAAAACGCGCACGUCGAGUUGGACCGGCCGAGCGAUCACCCGUGCGGGACCCCAUCGCUUCUUCUACAGACUUGGAAAGCCCGGCACCGUUAGUGAACACCGACUAUAUUCUGGCAAACGGGGGAGAAGACCGACAGCAUAUUCACCUCACUGAAACGAAGGAGAAACUGGCAGAGGAGCUCGACUACCGGCCGAACAGAUAUCGACAGAGUACCGUUCUUGCCUCGACAGAACAGGCUACCGACACCGGAAAUCGGAAGCGAAGCCGCAGCGACACGAUAGAACCUGCCAUGCCGCUUACUCCCUCGAGGUUAGCUGCGACGCCAGGAUGGGGUAGGACAGUAUUUACUGUGGUGGGCAAAGUCUUGGACUUUUGCUGGACGAGUGCCUUUCGUGGGUUCUCUGCUGGUGGAGGACAAACCUAUACGAUGGCAACGCCAACUUCGCGCACUCCAGACAUAAGCACCUGGCAGAUGGUACAUAACCAAGAUAAUAUAAGCACAUCGAAUUCCCGUUCGAAGUUGGAAUCAACUCCGGUUCCAGGACAGUAUCCUGAAGAGGAGGUGGAGUUGGAGCAAGGCCGCGAUCGCGAGACCUGGGUUCUUGUGCCCGAAUCACCGUCAGUGAGGAAUUCUUCGCCGCGAGGCGAGAGCCCCACACAGUUUGCACGUAAAGUCCCACGACGCAGUGGUGCAUAUCGCCUGCAACCUCGACGCUCAGGUGCUGGCCUACCUCGUGUCGCGAACAAACGCCCGACUUUGACCCCUAUUCGUCCACCAGCUGGGGCACCAGUAUCAUCUGGCGCCCCAUCCACCCCCACGAAACUGCCGUCGAGCCCUACCAAAUCGACGAACCAAACCAGUCCGGCAUCAAAAGAUGCACAGCGUUAUGCAGCCAAAUUUCGGCGGCGUGAACGAGAAGAAGACGCUAGUAUUCAAAAGAUGAACGACCAACUUAAAGCGUUGAUCCGCGAAGGUCGUGAAGCUUUGGGAUCUCGCGUGGAGAUUGAUGAGAUGGAGCUCGACGAUGAGUGA